AUGGAGAAAAGUCUUCAGGGGAGGAUAGAAGUGGUGCUACAUCGGCCAACCCGUCACCGGCGGGUCAGGCUGUGUCAAGAACAUCCGAGUGUACGGCCCCCUGGGCUUUCCUGCUGCAAGUCGGAUGCACGCACUGAGCAGCAGCAGCAGGAAGAGGAUGAGCAGCAGCAGCAGCAGCAGCAGCAGCAAAAGGAACAGGAGCCUGGCUCUGACGAUAGAGGGGCUGCGUUUGCCUUGAGCCUCUCAAGGGGGUGGGGAAACUUUGACGCCUUCAGGGGCCGCAUUGAUCUCUUGCUAACGGCGAGGCCUCCCCUGGGGGUAUUCGAUGGGCUUCCUCCUGGCGUGGCGCCAACCCCCCCGGCCCACCAGCAGCAGCAACAGCAGCAGCAGCAGCAGCAGCAGCAGCAAGACGAGCCUGCUAGCGCGGACAGAAAAGAAGGAAGCCCAGCGGAUGCUGCGGCUGAGGCGCAGUCAACUAAACCCGAAGGCCUUUAG